GACACUCUGCAUCCGAAAAUAGACCAGCAAGGGCCUCUUUCGAUUAUCGGUCUCCGCACCGUUCCCCCCCCCGGGGGGGCACGCUCUCUUUGCAUACAUAAAAAUUAUUAAAUUGCUUGCCCGUGCUUGCAAAAUUGACUUUGUAACUGGCUUUUAAAAAGUAUGCGCCUGUAAAUUUUCGAGGAAGGGAUGAUCGUGCACGCCUUAUAGUCGCAUGCGUGACCUUAAUCUGUCCCUUAGACGGUGACUUUUUUUUUUUUUUGCUUUUGCAGCUGUGCUGACAGUGACGAAGCUGAUUGUAGUGCCGUUUUUAAAGGUCUACAGCCCAUCUUCCAAGAGCAGGGAAUGACAGAAACUAUUCAUAACUGGGAAGAUCAUGGGUACUUAGCAACCUACGUCAGUAAAAAUGGCAGUUUUGCCAAUCUGAGAAUUUAUCCUCAUGGCUUGGUGUUGGUCGAUGUACAGAGUUGCAACGAUUUGAGUGGAGGAGAAAUAGAGCAGCUUCUAAACAAGAUAGAAGAAAGAAUGAAAGAACUGUGUCAUAGAAACAUCAAAAGAGUAAAACGAUUGCCAGCCAUUGUGAGAGGAGAUGCUAUUGAUAAAUAUUGGCCCACAGCUGAUGGACGAUUGGUGGAAUAUGACAUUGAUGAAGUUGUUUAUGAUGAAGAGUCAGCUUACCAGAAUAUUAAAAUCUUACACUCGAAACAGUUUGGAAAUAUUCUUAUCCUCAGUGGGGAUGUUAAUCUGGCAGAGAGUGACCUGGCAUAUACACAAGCUAUAAUGGGCAGCGGGAAGGAAGACUACACAGACAAAGAAGUCCUCAUUCUUGGAGGUGGUGAUGGGGGAAUACUGUAUGAAAUAGUCAAAUUGAAACCAAAGAUGGUCACCAUGGUAGAGAUUGACCAAAUGGUGAUUGACGGGUGUCGAAAAUAUAUGCGCAAAACAUGUGGAGAUGUCUUGGACAAUCUGAAAGGAGAAUGCUAUCAGGUUCUAAUAGAAGAUUGUAUUCCAGUCCUGAAGAGGUAUGCCAAAGAAGAAAGGAUGUUUGAUUAUGUAAUUAACGAUUUGACAGCUGUUCCAAUCUCCACAUCUCCAGAAGAAGAUUCUACGUGGGAGUUUCUGCGGAUGAUUCUGGACCUUUCAAUGAAAGUCUUGAAACCGGAUGGAAAAUAUUUUACACAGGGAAAUUGUGUAAAUCUGACUGAAGCUUUGACUCUCUACGAAGAACAGCUUGGUAGGCUAUACUGUCCUGUGGCAUUUUCAAAGGAAGUUGUAUGUGUCCCUUCAUACAUGGAACUAUGGGUAUUUUAUACUAUUUGGAAGAAGAGAACAGAUGUUUGAAGUUCAAGGUCCACACGCCACACAUGCUGCAUGAAGUGUGUAGGGCUUGCCACAUGCUACAUCUUGGCGUCUUGAAUCUUUAAAUUAUAUGCUGUAGAUGAUCCUGAAACUUAGUCAUGCUAUCGAUUUGUGAAUUCUUUAAAUGUUUUUUAUUAUUAUUUUAAUUUAAAAGCAAAUGGGAAAAAAUGUAUAUUUUGAUGAGCUAGGGUGUUAUUUUUUGAAAGUCAACGUAGAUGAAUUAGCAGCAAAGCUAUAGCUGCUGAAUGCACUGAACCUUUAGAAUGUGAUCAUUUUUACUUUUUAUUUUAGAUCGUUGAAUACCAAUUUAAAAAGACAAUGUUAGCAUUUCAGUGUGAUACCACAGAAUUUUCUCUCCCUUCAGACAUUAAUCAGUUUAAUAGUCACGGUGCUUUAAAUAGACUUUACGUGGGUUGUUUGUUAAAUGAUCGAUGUGCUUCCAUUGGAGGAAUUAAGGGCAGACUUCUUCUUUCUUUCUUUUUAAGGAAACCCUCUGGCCCAUUGUGGUGCUAUAAAGCCACCAUGAUACUACUUAUGGUGAAUCCUUAUUCUAACCCUCAUGUGUCAAGAUCUGUUAUUUCAUUUUCAGUGGGUCCUCCCAACAGGUAAAUACUCAAUCUCAAAUGUGUGAGGGUUCAUUCAGAGGAAAAUGUGAGGGUUUCUUCAGAGGAAAAGUUCAGCACAACUAAAACGAUGGGGAUAAAGCCAUGGUGUAAUGACUGCCACAUCAGAAUGAACAUGGAUUGGGCCCAGUCUUUGGUUAUAAAGGGAAAGAAUUAAUAGUUUCUUCAUCUUCAUCAGACUAGUUUUAUUCUAAAGAUGUUUUCAACACACAAAAGUGAAAAAAGGCUGCAUUACCUCAUGCACAAAGAGAUUUACAAAAUACUUAAUGCUGGAAUAAAUGCCAUUGGCUUAAGAAGUCUUAUUAGUGAGCUGUCAUUUGACAAACCAAGCUAGCCCCCGUUAAUAUUUAUUAUAAAUAGGGAGGAAUAAUAGAUUAAACAAAUAACUGUUAGUUAUUUGAAACUAUGGCUUGGACUGUUGCCCCAGUCCUUCAGUUUAAGUAUGGAAAGCUGAAAUGUGUAUUGAGAAUUCUUUUUAUUGGUCACAUACCCCUUUAGUGCAAAUGUUCAUGAAGUGCGAAAGGUCAUUGAAAAGGAAUAAUUAGCCAAGUGACUUAUGAAACAAUGCACUGGAAGCUUCUUCACCAACCGCAUCUACUUGAGUGGGAGCUGAGCUCAAGAGCACAGGCCGUGUCCCAGUCGUUACAAUAUAGUCUGUGCAGGUGAAGUUUCUGGUAGAUUGUAAGCCUGAGAGUAUUUAUAUUUUGUGCUUCUCUAUAAACAGAGCGUUUACUCCUCUUAGUUGAGCCCAGCCACAUGGAUCUGAUGGAUCUUGCGGCUAAAACAUCACUAGCCCAUACACUGUAUUUGCAUAUGCAUGUUGAAAUACCUAUUGCAUUUGUACUCCCCACCCUGUCUACUUCUGCACAUGGUGUAAAAUUAUAUUUUUGUAAAAUCUUUCUUAUGUACUGGUUGAUCAUUCAUGUAUGACUUUGCUAUAGGCAAAUCCUUAAAAUAGCUGAGAAAUACAACCUUAUAAUUAAAAUGUUCUAUCCUUCUCUUAGCAGUUUCAGACUUUACAGCAAAAUUACUCCCCGCCUCCCCAAAUGAAAUUUUUUUUGUUGUAUUUCACUGUUACAUUUUCUCACCACACUAGAGAAAGGGCUGCACUUAGAUUGUUUUCCCCACGCUAUAUUAUUGCAAGAUGAGAAUGCACCACUCCAUUCUGAGAAACCGAUCACUAGGGAGAAUUGCUUUAUGUAUUUAGAAAGGAGGGCAUAGUCCUUCAUAGCUACAUGGAGGAAUUCUGCAGAAUUCUGCAGUGAAGCUCAGAAUUGCCAGAAACUCAGAAGGCUUUGCUGCCUUGGGGUUCUGUUGUGCUAACAAAAUGGGCAUAUAAAUAAGUAAGUUUACAAUUCAUAACUCCUGAAUUAUAUGUCUUAUAACUUAAAGCUACCUGAUCAGUAAUUUAAUCUCUGUUGACUUAAAAUGAUUAAAAAGUUAACUGUCUGAUCUUGCCAGUGGUAAAGUGCAAACUUCCUUCAGCUCAGACGAAGAUUGGGAAGGAACCAUUAUUUAAAGCUGUCUAGUCUGAGGUCAUAAUUAAAACAUCUAGUGCUAUAUUUAGAAGAUUACGGUUAUGAACUUCCAUUGGAUCAGAUAGCAAACAUGUCUGGAGGUUCAGACCAGCCUUUUUUCCCCUACUGGCAAAAGCAUAUAGUUGUGUCACAUUUAUAUCAAAUUGUUUGGCCCUGCUUUUGAGUAGAUUGGUAGUAGCUUAGGCAGAACCCUUCUUUCCUUUCCUUUACAAUCGGACAUAAAAUCUUAGGGAGCCUACAGUAAACACACAUGAUACUUUGUGCAGAAUGUCCCAACAUACACCCAUGGUGUGCAUCAAAGAAUGCUAUUAUUUUCAAAACCUCAUUUAUUGUUUUGGGAUUAUGCAAUGCUUGUAACUUGGAAGUAAUAGCCACGUUCUUAAGUAAAUUGAAGAGUUUUUGUCCCAUUGUCCUAUGUAGCUGGAGAGUGAUCUUGACCUAUUCAUUCAAUACCUAGGUUACAGAAUUCUUCUAAUAGCUAUACUAAAAAAAACCAACUAGAUAAAUAUAAUUUUAUAGGCAUUUGUGUUGUGAUUGUAAAAAAGUGGUUCUGCAUUUUUACUUGAAUUUCCCACUUUUUUGGCUUUCUGAAGAAACUAAAGAAAGAAAACUACUGGUUAAGUAUGGGUGGUUUUGGAGGAAGAUUAUGUUGACACUUCAUUUUAUUGUAUACAUAGAUUUCAUGAGCAUAGCAUUUGAUUUUUCUGGAGAAAGGCAUAUUUUAGUAUUACUUCCCUGGUGCAUUCUAUUAGAUACAGAACCAAGGUUAGUCUUAAAUCUGAUAUGAAAUGAGGAUCAGGAAUAGAUGGGAAGUGAUAUUGCUUGGAAAGCCAACUAAUAGAUGCUUCAUUCUCUCAGUGAAAGGGAAACAAUGGAGGGCAACUGUAUUUUGUUUUUUUUAAAUGUUUUAUGUAGAAUAUCAUUAUAACAUAGAUGUGUGUGUGUGCGUUUAAAAGCAAAAUGUUAUAAGCUGAACAUCUCUUCCCACCCCCUUUCCCUAUUACUGCUUGAAUAGACUGAGGAAAUGUACAAAUAAAGUGUUGUCACUCUUUAUUUAUAUAUACAUACAUAUAUAUAUAGUUGUUGCUGUAGUGUACAGUAUGAAAAAUCACUUCUUUUCUUUUUGAUGUGUAAGAAUUGGCGUGGGGGGAAUCAACCUUCAACAGAUUAACUUUUAUAUAUAUAUAUAAAAUACACAUGGAACAGAGUGGAACAUCGGUUGUGAGUGCCUCACUACACAUGCAAAUCAAUCCCAAAGAUGGUUGGCAUGGGGUGUCUCUUAAUUCUUUGCACUAAAUGCUGCUUCCAUCUAGUAGUGAAUUUUGACUAUUUAACAAAAAGAAGUUUGAUACCUAUUCUGACUUUGCUGAAAGAAAACUUCUGGCGUUGUAUCAAUUGCACUAGUAACAGUGCACAUAUUCAAAUAAAGGUACGCUGUUAUUACCUGUA